UGCCCGAUUAUAUUUCGACUGGAUGUUUCACAAGCGUGGCUCGCAGCAUUUGAUAACAAGGUGGGAAGCGGCAGCAUCUCAUCGUGUCAUCUUCGCAGCCUUCGUCGUCCUUGGCCUCGCCGCCUCGUCUAGCCAAGCGCCAACGGAGAGCACGACCACCAACCAAAUGACGGACGAAGCGUGCACGCAGCGCGGCGCCGAGUCGCCGACUAGCAGUUGCGCUCUAGAUGUGCUUGCGGCCGGCCUGUCCAACCAAGAAGCGAUCGAAGACGGGCUCGCGCGGCGGCCAUCGCUGAAGCGAUCGCUUGAGGCAGACACCGAGGUCGAGCCCUCAGACCUGCAGCUUCUCAAGGUCAUUGGCCGCGGCACAUUUGCUCAGCAAGUGGCGCUCGCCAAGGAUCGGCACACCUCCAACGUGUACGCGGUCAAGAGCUGUGAUAAGCAAAACCUCGUGCAGCGCAAGCAAGUCGUGCAUACAUGGACGGAGAAGAAGAUCCUCGAGCAGCUCCGAGGCCACCCCUUCGUCGUGACGCUCUUUUCCACUUUUGCGACGCCGGACGAAGUCCACUUCGUGCUCGAGUACUGCCCCGGUGGCGAGCUCUUCUACCACCUGCACCAGCACGAUCAUUUCAACGAGGCAAUCGUGCGCUUCUACGCGGCAGAAGUCCUUUGUGCGCUCAAGUCUCUGCACGGCGCAAACAUUGUGUACCGCGACCUGAAACCCGAGAACGUCCUCCUCGACGCGCAGGGCCACAUUCGACUCGCGGACUUUGGCUUCUGCAAAGACCUCGGGGACUCGGAUCGAACGUACUCGUUCUGCGGCUCGCCUGAGUACUUAUCCCCCGAAAUGAUUGCGCGCAGAGGCCACUCGACCGCAACGGACAUGUGGUCCUUUGGCUGCUUUUGCUACGAGUUAGCGGUCGGCCACCCGCCAUUCCAACUGCACGAGGACUCGCUUCCUGACCUCUUCAAAGCGAUCCGCGCUAGUCGUGUGUAUUACCCGCCGGAACUCAGUCCGACCUUCGUCACGUUCCUCAAAGGAUGCCUCGAGACAGACAUCACGACGCGACUCACGGCAUCGAAGGCCAUGGACGAGCCAUUCUUCGACGGCGUCGACUGGAACAACGUGUGGGCACGCCAGAACGAACCACCGUUCCAGCCUUGCGUGCUCGGCUCCGAGUGCACGCGCAACUUUGACGACGACUUUACUUCCGAGAGCCCACGAUCGCCCAUUUGGGGCAUCGCUCCGCACAAGCGCAAUCAGUCGGUGCCGUCCUCGGAUGUGUUCACUGACUUUUGAUCGUGCCACGUGUACAAGCAUAGUAUACAUCAAACGUGUGAUAUUUUCCACGUCUUGUGGACCCCGUAUUUAGUUGAUUGUGAGCGCCGCCACAAUAUAGAGUAAUAACUUGAGCUGUGUGUGCUGUGUGUGUCGGUGA